CGCAUCGAAUCUCAAGCGCUUGACUGGUUAUUGGAUGGCUGACGCCGCGUGGAUCACAAGGAAAUCUCAGCGCAUCCCGGUUGUUACCUUCUGCUAGCUCUAGCACUACCAUAGCGAUUUCAUUGUUGACGAUGCAAGUACAACACGAUCGCAUGUGGACAAGACUAUCAUUAGACUCCCUUGCUCACAUGUUCAUCAACCAAGCUACCAUAUCUCAAUUUGCCCUGCUGGAAUCAAGCACGUUACAAGUCGACCAUCGAAAUAACAACGAUAUUUCCCAGUCAACAUGUUCGUGGGCCCUUUAUUGGCAACGAUCGUCGUUACUGGGGUUGACGUCGCCACAUCAUCCUCACAUUCGGGUCCCUGUCAACUCUCCUCGAGUUCUGGCAAGCGCUAGCAAUGUCAAGCACAUCCUGCACUUCUCUGACGUCCAUCUCAAUAUCUCCGAGUCACUCGACGCUACCGAGCCUGUCGAAAUGCAGUUCAAGUAUGGAAAUGAUGCCCCAAUCACCAUGUUGAAGUCAGCUGUCGAGUUUGCCAAGAAGCUGAUGCCCGAUCCAGAUUUCUUCCUCUACACGGGCGAUCAUGUCGUACAUGGAGAUCUUACGGACAAAUUUUUAGCGGACACCAUAGAGACGAAUGUCAAGACUGUGGCUCGCUACUACUCGACAAAGGACAAUGACACAAACUUGGACAUCACUGCACUGCUUGGCAACGCAGAUACAACCCCCGAUUACACUAUGAACUUGACGGAUCCGGAAGCAGAAACCAAUCCGUCGAUCACACUCAUCUCGGCAGCAUGGGAAGAUAUCCUUUCAACGUCUAACCUCGACUGGUUUAACCAUCGUGGGUAUCGGGUGUUUGAUCUGGACGAAAACCCUUGCUGUUCUUACACUCAAUACGGUACCCUACUCACCAAGCCAUUCCCCCGACACAACGAAUAUAUCGGACCCUUUCGGUCAGUUUGCAACGAAACGCUGCUCGAGCUCCGGAACGCUGGCAAGUUCGCCUAUAUCGUCGGACAUAUUCCUCCCAUUAUCGACUCGUAUAGCGGCGCCCAGAUACAUCGUCAAGCCCAGUUCUUCGCGCACGUGCACAGUAUUGAGUUCCGUAUCCCUCUCACGUCCGAGCAGUUGGUUCAAGAAGAAACGGAGGGUACAGAGCUCGUACCGCUGUUCAUGUCGGCAGCGAUCUCGCCCAUCUACAACAACAACCCGGAAUUCAUGAUCUGGGACUUCGAUGCCAAUUCGUACGAAGUGCUGGACUUCACAGUGUACGGCACCAACAUCUCGUCUGACAGUCAAGAAGUGGAUUGGAAACCGCUUUUCAAGGCUAGCACGGCGUACGGCGUAAAUUCCUUACGCACGACGGAGUUGAAUGCGUUGGUUAGCCGUCUCGCAUCGGAUUCGGCAUUACUGGAGCAAUACUACUACAACUCGAAGGUGCAGUCGUACUUGCAAUCGCCGUGCGUGGACGUGGCAUGUCAGUCGAAAUGGCUGUGCACGACACAAUGGUACACAACGUCGGAGGACUUUGAGGCGUGUGUAAAAGAGUUGGAGAUGAAGCGCUCAGCUUAG